AAAGGAAAACCGGAGCAUUAAUUGCUCUGCACUUGCUUCUCUCCGUGUGGGGGGUUUCCCACAACUCCCCCACGUCUGUCUCCUUGGUUGGGAGAGGAUGCUCGUCUUCGAGCAAGGGAGCGAGCCUAUGAUGUUGCUGAAGACUUAGUCCGUCCGCCCGUGAUUCGGGUCAUCAAAUCUUCAUAUCGGGACGAAUAGCCAUCAUCUAGACGGUCAAACGCUGACACCCGCUGCCUCUUUGGCUUUGGUUCUCCAACCCGUCAAAGAUGGAGAUGCAUUCGAAUGAGGAUGACUCGUCUCCCCCCCCCCCACGGGAGCCAGCACAUCCGUCAAGGGUGCCUUCCCAUUGGCCUUACUUGCUUUCUUCUUUUGGGAGUGACAAGUUUUCUUCUUCCUCUUCCGAUCCUCGCCGAUCCUUCUCCCUUUGCUUCACUAAUCCUAGAGCCUCCAUAAGACCCUUCCCUCGGGGUGAAGAUGGCAGCAACACCAACCUUGAACUGUUCAGAGCGGAGGUACAACACCCCGGGUCGCAGCCUAGAACAUUCCCAGUCUCCACUAUGUUGCGGAGGCACAUUUUGCAGGUUUCCAUCCGUCGACCACUUGUGAGGCUUCCCUCUCAGGUACCUUCAUAUCUUUCUCUAAGAAGAGAAUACUCGGUUCAACCCCAACAUAAUAGACCUCAAGGAUCUGGAUCAUCUGGGAAGCCUCCUGAUUCUGGAAGUCUUUUGCCAAAAUUUGCCAUUGGGAGUGUUGCAUUAAGUGCUGCAUUCAUUGCAGCUUAUCAAACUGGGUAUUUGGAUAAAUAUCUAAUCAAAGAGCCACAUGGAAUCCCUGAGUCAACAAAUGCUGGUGCCACUGUUGCAGAUCCAGAGAAUUCAAAAGAUUUUAAUGACAUUAAACAUGAUAGUGCACAUUUAGGAAAAUCAAUAGCCGAGCAUAGUGUGUACGAGUCAAAUGCAUCAACACGUAGUGUAGAGGAAAGCUCAAAUGUGCCUAUCCCUAAUGUGGCUCAUUCUGCCGAAAGCACCAAUAGUUAUUCCGACCGUUCUCAGGUAGAUAGUACAAGCGUAAACCAAGAUAAUAGCCAGUCUCAGGUUAGCAGUUCCCAAGAAUUAACUGAUGAAGAUGCCAAUAAUAUCCAAGCAAAUGACAACAUGGGGUCUCCUAGCAUCAUGUCAUCUAACAGUGCAAAAGGUGGUUCUGAUCAACCUGAAGAUCGGUUUGUCUUCAAAAGCCAAGUUGAGAUUCCUGACAAUGAAUCUCAUGAGGCAGUUAAAAGUACUCCAACACUUAAACAAGAUGAGAAAGUUCCAAUCAAAAGCGAAACAAACUCCACAGCCACACAGGCUGUGAGCAUUCAUAGCCAGCCUCAGGAGGUUCCUCAUGACAUAACCACGCAACCUAGUCCACUUGUUGAUGAAUAUUAUCUCAGACAUAAGGAUGAAUCUCCCGAAGCUAAUCCCUCCGACAAGGUUUUUGAAGAUCUGAAUGGUGCUUACAUAUCAAAGGAUGGGAAAUUGGUUCUUGAUUUGAUACAAGCUAUUCAUGAAGCCGAGAAAAGGCAGGCAGAGAUUGAUUCCCGUUUCUUUAAUGAACAAAAGAAAAUAAUGAAGGAGAAAUACGAAAAGGAUCUAAAGGAUGCAAGGGUCAGAGAGCUUAUGUAUGCUGAAAAGGAAGCAUUACUUGCUAAGGAGUUAAAGAAAGAAAGAGCUAGGGCAAUUUCUGCCCUAAAAUCACUUGAAGAAAAUUUGGAAGAAAAACAUAGAAAGGAGAUUGAAGAAAAGGAAUCUGAUGCUGAACUGAAUCUUAAGAAAAUACAAGAGUUGUCAAAAGUAGAAGUGGCAACAGCUAUUGCAAGUGAGAAAGCAUCCCAAAUUGAAAAGAUGGCAGAAGCAAAUCUCCAUAUAGAUGCCUUGUGCAUGGCUUUUUAUGCACGCUCCCAAGAAGCUAGGCAGACUCAUUCUGUUCACAAGCUUGCUUUGGGGGUACUUUCAUUGGAAGAUGCCCUGUCCAAAGGGCUACCAAUUCAGAAUGAAAUAGAAGCUCUCCACCCUUAUCUUGAAUGGAUUGAUAAAGAUUCUCUUCUAAAGUUGGCUUUCUCAUCUCUUCCUGAAGAAACACUGAAGCAUGGCGCAGAUACAUUAUGGCAACUGAAUCACAAGUUUGAUGAUUUGAAAGGAUCGAUUCGACACUUCAGUCUGAUUCCACCGGGGGGUGGUGGGAUUUUGACACAUUUUUUGGCUCAGGUUGCGUCUUGGUUAAAGGUCCAUGAGGUUGACCGAUCAGGCGAUGGUAUCGAAUCUCUCAUGAACAAAGUGGAGACCCUUUUGGCGGAGGAGAAACUAAUUGAAGCUGCAGAUGAACUGGAGAAGGGCGUGAAGGGCACCGAAGCUGCAAAAGUUGUUGAUGAAUGGGUCAGGCGCACUCGUAACAGAGCCAUUGCCCGUCAAGCACUAACCCUUUUGCAAGCCUAUGCUUCUACUAUAUCAGUCUGAACUGAAGAACCUCAUGAUGACUUCCUCAUAUGGUUUCUUUGGAGAAAAUCCGGGCUUUCAAUAAUUACAAUAUACGGGUAUUUUGCAAGUGAUUGCAACCUUUAUUCUAUCGUUGUGAUCCCACCACAUAUCCAUGCAUAUCUAUUUCUUGUAUGUCAGGUUCAAUUAGAGUGGUGUUCUUGAAUUUCAUGUAUCGAACUAAAACAAUAUCGAUAUGGAAAAUGCUAUGUGUACCCCGGUUUUGUACCCCAGGGGUACACCAUAUAAAAGGCCAACCCCCACCCCCAUAUCCCUCUCACCCACCUAGUCUCUCUCUCUUUGUCUCUUUAUUCCGAUCAAUUGCACCAAGCAACCCUCUUCUUCGCCGGUCAACGAUUCUGCUCCCCUUUUCCGCCUCACUCCCGUAGUCCAAAAGCUCCAGCCUUCAUCGCCUUUCUCAUCCUCGCAUCUGCCUUGUUCAUCUUCCUCGGUACCGGCUUCCUUCGUCUUCAUCUUCCUUUUUCCUCUGCGACGUCACCCUCCACUCCAAAUCCCCGCUGACGGCCUUCUAAUUCACACUUCCGCUCCGGUAAAUCAAAUUUCUAUUUGGUUUUUGACAUAAAUCAAAUUUGAUUUUGUUCAUUGCUAAAUCUGAUUUUGUUCAUUGUUGGAGGAAAUUUUGAUUUUCCAAUCCGAUUUAGACAAAAAUCAAAUUUGAAUUUUUGUUCACAGAUCUGAUUUUAUUGCUGCACUUUCCCAAUUUUAGUUUUGUGUUGCAGCUUUAGGUAGCUAUUACUUGCGAGUAUUUAAAAAAUUUGUCAACUCUCU